AUGGGGUCGGAAAACAACAGCAGCGACGACAUUGGUUUCAUGAUGAAGGUGAUUGAAGGUCCCGGCGAUUACGUUCUCCAAGAUGUCCCUCACAUCACCGACUACAUCUCCGAUCUCCCGACUUAUCCUAAUCCGUUGAGGUUCAAUCCUGCAUAUUCAGUUGUCAAGCAGUACUUUGUUGAUAUGGAGGACACUGUGCCACAGAAGGUAGUUAUUCAUAAGGAUGGGCCCAGGGGAAUACAUUUUCGACGUGCUGGACCACGCCAGAAGGUGUAUUUUAAAUCAGAUGAGGUCUCUGCUUGUAUCGUGACGUGUGGCGGUUUAUGUCCCGGACUAAACACAGUAAUCAGGGAAAUUGUUCACAGUCUUGAUUAUAUGUACAAUGUCAACAAAGUACUUGGAAUUGAUGGAGGUUACCGCGGAUUCUAUGCGAAGAAUACCAUUACCCUAACUCCUAAGACUGUGAAUGACAUACACAAACGUGGCGGUACAGUUAUUGGGACAUCUCGUGGUGGCCAUGACACCUUAAAGAUAGUCGACAGCAUCCAGGACCGUGGAAUCAAUCAGGUUUAUAUAAUAGGAGGCGAUGGUACUCAGAAAGGAGCAGCUGCAAUUUACAAGGAAAUUAGACGGCGUGGUCUAAAAGUUGCUGUGGCAGGGGUCCCCAAAACUAUUGAUAAUGACAUUCCGGUCAUUGACAAGUCAUUUGGAUUUGAUACGGCUGUUGAAGAAGCUCAACGUGCCAUCAAUGCUGCUCAUGUUGAAGCUGAAAGUGCAGAGAAUGGUAUUGGUGUGGUGAAGCUGAUGGGUCGAUACUGUGGAUUCAUCGCAAUGUAUGCCACUCUUGCCAGCCGAGAUGUUGAUUGCUGUUUGAUUCCGGAGUCACCCUUCUUCCUUGAAGGGCCUGGCGGGCUUUUUGAAUUCAUUGAGAAACGGCUAAAAGAAAAUGGACAUAUGGUGAUAGUGAUUGCUGAAGGUGCAGGUCAAGAACUACUUUCAGAGAGCAUGCAUGCCAAAAAUGAAAAGGAUGCUUCAGGAAACAAGUUACUCCAAGAUGUAGGGUUAUGGAUUUCUCAGAAAAUUAAGGAUCAUUUUGCUCAGCCAAACAAACUUGCUAUUACCCUUAAAUAUAUUGAUCCAACAUACAUGAUUCGCGCCAUCCCCAGCAAUGCGUCUGACAAUGUUUACUGCACACUCCUUGCUCAAAGUGCUGUACAUGGAGCAAUGGCUGGAUACACCGGCUUCACUGUUGGUCUUGUUAACGGCCGGCAUACAUAUAUCCCAUUGAAUCGUAUAAUUGAGCGGCAGAACAAGGUUGUCAUAACUGACCGGAUGUGGGCACGACUCCUUUCCUCUACCAACCAGCCGAGCUUCUUGCGGCCAAAAGAAGUUGAUGAAGCCAAAAACGAGGAGCUCCCUCCUACCCCAUUGUUGGAUGAGGGGAGGGGUGGUGCUGAUGAAUCUUCAGCGGCUGAAUCAAUUAGUGUAUUGAUAGUAGUAGUCCACAUGGAUGGUGGGUUUUUGGAGCGAUUUCAAUCUUUUUCCCUCUCUUCGAUUGAAAAAGGAGGGGUGGAUCUGACCAGGGGAGAUGUCAAAUUGGGAGAGGACGAAGGGCGUCGGAGCUUGAUCGGAAAAUUUUUUGGAGCCAAGAAAACCAGCUACAUCGGAGUCCAGAAUGCGAUGAUGCAGUGCAUUAGAUGUCAGGAGACAGGCAGAAAGGUAGGGGAGUUAUUAGGAAAUGUUACUGAUGUUAUUGUCUUGGAUGCUGGUGGUUCUGCAAAUAGAGAUGUAAAGGUGUUGGUGGAAAUUGAUUUGCGACAACCCCUUCCAAGAGGUACCUCAUGUGAAGUUAGGAGAGUAGAUGUGCAGCGAAAAUGUUUGAAAGAGGAGCAAUUUGGGCAAUGCUUGAAGGCUGGGUAUGUGCGUCGGGGGUAUAAUCCAGCUCCAGGGGAGAGUGGUAAGGCGGGUGUAGUAUCUGGGGAGGAGAAUAAGAGGCCGGUGCAAUCUUCCAAUGCAGGGGGGGUCUGGUUGCGAGUGGUGUUGAUGCAAUUGGGGAUCAUGGGGUGUUGCAAAGAUCAUUGCAUGUUACUUUUGGAUACCAAACCAGCUCAAAAACAGCGCAAAGUAAGGUUUUGUUUUGAUAAACGAUGGUUGGAAAAGGAUGGAGUAGCAGAUGUGGUUCAAAUGGUUUCUGAUCUUAUUGAUCCAGUUGCUAGAUGUUGGAAGAUUGAUCUCCUUAACCAGGUCUUUGUUCCAGCUGAUGCUCUUAAAAUUUGCCAAAUUCCUUUAGGCCAAUAUGGUGCUCGAGAUAGGUUGAUCUGGGGAGAAGAAAAGAAUGGUAAAUUCACUGUUUCUUCGGCUUCUAAGCUAGCACUGGAAUUGAAAGCUAAUGAUGGGAAAGGUCCAGAGUCCAGUUCUACUAGGGAUCGAGCCAAGCGAACAUGGUCCAGAACUUGGAAGCUGCCCAUUAAGCCUAAGUUGAAGCACUUUUUGUGGAAAAUCUAUAAGAAUUGGCUCUCGGUUCGUUCUACCUUGGGGAGAAGGGGUGUGAUGGUGGAGGAUAUUUGUCCACGUUGUGGUAGUGGGACUGAAUCAGUGGAGCACCUUCUAUUUCAAUGUAGUGAAGCUGAACUUGUAUGGCAUUUAGCUCCUGUGCAGUGCGAUAACACACAAUAUCAUCUUUUCUUUUUUUCUGCCUGGUGGGACUCGCUGUGUGAAGCUAACUUUGAUGAGGGUUUCCAAGCUAAAGUUGAACUUUCUGUUUAUCUUUUUUGGCAUAUUUGGAAAGCUCAGAACUCUUGGCUAUUUAAUGGUAUUAAAAUUGAGCUUUGGGAGGUGGUGCAAAAAGCUACAAAUGAGUGGUUGGAGUACAUGCAUUUGCAAAAGAAGGGUGAGGCAAAGCUAGCAUCGCCAGCUAAUACAACGGACUUACAAGGGUGGACUAACCCAUGUAGAGGUAUGUUCAAAGUUAAUAUUGGCUCUAAAUUUCAUAAACAAAAGGGUUGUGUUGGGUUGGGGUUUACUAUUAGGAAUGCACAAGGUGAAUUGGUGGUUGCGAAGUCAGUUUUUCUGCCAUAUGUAUUAAAUGACUGUACAGUAGAAGCUGAAGCUGUGAGAGCAGCUAUUUUUGAGGCGCAGCACCGCAUGUUGCAGCAUGUAGAAAUACAAGUAGAUGUGAAAACUAUGGCCACUUGGUUGCAGGGUAAAAGUACUCCUGCUUCAGAUGUUCUAGCUAUAGUUGACGACAUCUAUUUGUAA